AUGUCAUGUUCAAAAUUAUUUUCAGGAGAUUUACCUGAAUUAACAAAUGAAAUCAUCAAAAAUUUUCAGAAUGAUUAUUCAACCUUAUACUCAUGUGUUUUAGUUAAUAGAUUAUGGUGUCGUUUAGCGAUUUCAUUAUUAUGGGAAAAUCCAUUUUCAAUUCCUGCCGGAAAUUAUAAUUUUAUUGAAGUUUACUUGUAUAAUUUGAAUGAUUGUUUAAAAUCUAAAUUAAAUGAAUAUCAAAUUAUUGAUCACUAUUUAUCACCCUUAAACACACUUUUCAAUUAUCCUAGUUUUAUAAGAUAUUUGAGCAUGUGUAAAAUUGCCUCUUCUAUUGAUAGGUGGUUAGAAGCUAAUGAUAUAAUUUCAAAAUUCAGUAAUAGAUAUUCGGAAUCAAUAUUUGAAUUUAAAAGAUUGAUUGAGUUGUCAUUAAUUGAAUUAUUUAUUGAAAAUGAGGCAAAUUUACAUAUUUUUGAAAUUAAGUUAGACACAUAUCGCAACAAAUAUUGUGAUAACAUUCUUGAGUCAAUUUUACAAAAUCCGAAUUUCAUUAACAAUACUAGAAAUUUAAAAACUUCUCUUUUUGGUUCUAAUACACCAACUAAAAAUCGUAUAUCACAAAUAAUUAAUUCACAUCAAAAUCUUAAAAAAAUGUUAUUAGGUUAUAUGAGUUAUGAUACUUUUUCUUUAUAUCAAUCAUUGUUAUUAUCAAAAGAAUCUAAUUGUUCAAAUACCUUAAAUACAAUUAUUUUCUAUUAUAUCGAUUUUAAAGGUAUAAUUAGUUUUGCUAAAGUAUUUGAAAAUUUAAAUGUUUUAGAAUCUGUUCAUAUCAUUUAUUGUUUUUCUUUAAAUAGUUUUACUCAACAAAUUAUUAACUUAACCAAACCAUUUAAACUAAAAUCUUUGUUUAUAAACGGGAAAUUGCAAAUUGAUUCAUUACAAUCAUUAUUACAAUCAUUAUUACAAAAAUCUGGAAAUUAUUUAGAAAAUUUUGGAUCUGGAGUUACAAAUUAUAAUCAGUUGUCUAAUCAACAAAUAUUAGAAUUAAUUAUAAAAUAUUGCAGAAAUAUCAAAUUUCUUGAUUUAUAUAAAAUUGAAACACACAUUACUUCUCUAGUAUUUAGUUUAAUUGAAAAUAUUAAACAAAAUCUUAAUUAUCUUUCGACCAGUGUAGGGAAUUGUCAGGAUAGUAAUAUUGAGUUAAUAUUACAAAAUUUAGGACAAACACUUCCUUCCAAACUUGAAUAUUUAAGUUUGGUUCUUUAUUACAUCAAAGCAAAUGAUUUUGGAGUAUUCUUAAAAAAUUCUCAAGAUACUUUCUUUAAAAAAUUAUUAAUUAAUAAUAUGACACGAGAAUAUAAUAAUGAUAUUGAUAUUUUACCUUAUAUAAAAGAAUAUAUUAUGAAGAAGAAAAGAGUCAAAUAUUUGGCUAUCAAGAAUACUUCCACUUUAGGUUUUAAUGGAAAUGAUAUAGAUUUGUCUAAUUUGAAAGAUGAAGUGAAGGAAUUUAAGUCACAUAAUAUUAAAGUUCAAAGUUAUAUUAAUUUAUCUACUAAUAUUUAUAAUUUCGUGAAUGAAAUUGAUUAA